GUCAGAGGGCAAAGGCUAUUAUUAUCUGGAGUCAUAAGACUCAUAACCGCCAAACGCCAUGGAUAGCACUGCAGAAGACCUCGCCAGCUAUCUCCUACAGCAACUCAAACUUAAAGCAGUUGAAGAGCGGCUUUUGGUUGCUAUCGCAGGCGUCCCCGCAUCAGGCAAAUCAACCUUGGCUGAGCUGGUAGUCGCCAAAGUCAACACGGUUUUGGCUGCUGAUAGCGCCACGCAUUUCACUUCCGCCAUUUUGGUUGGCUUGGAUGGGUGGCAUCUGACGCGCGCACAGCUAGAUGCCAUGUUGGAUCCUAAACUUGCGCAUGAUCGUCGCGGUGCACACUGGACUUUCGACGGACCAUCUUACGUCGAGUUCGCGAAGCUUUUACGCCAACCGGCAGCUGCUGUGAUAACUGCCCCUUCUUUUGAUCAUUCCCUGAAAGAUCCUACCCCUCAUGCUGUGUCGAUAUACCCUUCCCACCGCCUGGUUGUGAUCGAGGGUUUAUAUUCCAUGUUAAAGCACGACAUAUGGGAGCAGGGCGCACAACUAAUGGACGAACGGUGGUGGAUACAGGUAGAUCUGGAGGAAGCGAAGCGGCGGUUGGUUAAGAGGCAUGUCCUCACCGGCGUGGCCAAAGACAUGGAAGAGGCAAUAUGGAGAGCCGGGCAGAAUGAUGAACCAAAUGGGAAGUUCAUUGCGGAAAACCUAUAUGAACCCACAAGGAUCAUCAAGAGCUUGGACGACCCCAAGUAUACUCUGUGACCUACCGCAAAAAUGUAAAUCUCACUUCUCCGAAUGCAAAUUCUUGACUUCUGGGACUUGGUUCACUCGCCGAUAAACCCCCGAUAAGGACAGAUAAGUUAUAAUCGAGUUGUGGACUGUGUAUCACAGUGAUUUUGCUGAACGCCCAUCGAUGCACAGCUCCUCUUCACACCAAUUACAGUAUUUCUGAAUUCACCAUGGUCGAUCGAUCCACGACGAUGAAUACCAGCAUUCCCGCCUGAAUUCUGUGUCUCCGUGGCUGUAAGCAUCCACGAUGGUCAUAUUCAUGAGCUGCGAAAGAAUAAUAUUUAUAGAGUCCAACUGGAUGAUUCGCUGAUCCACACCAUAUUGAGCUCGAACUUAGUAGCGGAGUUAGACUGGCGCUCAAGUUUGCAAGACAUCUAC